UUAUAUAUAUUUUAUUAUAAAACAUAGGCUCUCAGAUCAAAGGAGAAGACACAUAACUAUAGCCACUUUCAACAAUGGCCUUGGAGAUUAUCUUCUCAACCAUAGUUUCCAUUGCACUCUUCUUCUUGCCUUUGUACACUUCUGCAAAUGAAUAUUCAUCAGUUAAUUUUAGUUACACUGGUCCACACAAUGGGCCUGAAAAAUGGGGAAGCUUGAGUCCAUUAUUUGCAGCAUGCUCACAUGGAGAAUCUCAGAGUCCUGUGAAUCUAAACAAGUCUUACAUUGUCUUCAACAAGGAUCUUAAGUCUUUAGACAAACACUACAUUCCUACAAAUGCCACUUUGGUUAACAACAAAUUCAACAUUGGGGUGCAAUUUGGAGGAAAAGUAGGAGAUAUUAAUAUAAAUGGAAAAAAUUAUUCCUUGAAACAAUUGCAUUGGCAUUCUCCCGCAGAGCACCGUGCAAAUGGUCGCAUACAUGUUGCUGAGCUUCAUCUUGUACACAAGAGUGAAGACAAUGAAAUAGCAGUUAUAGCAAUGCUCUACAAAUUGGGUAACCCUGACCCUAUCAUCUCAAAGAUUGAAGACAAGUUGAUUGAGCUUGGGAGAGGGCAUAGUAAUACUCAAAUUGCUAUUGGAACCUUUGAUAUAAAGGAAUUAAAUAGAAGGCCACAUAGAUAUUUUAGAUAUAUUGGUUCUCUCACCACUCCUCCAUGCACAGAGGGUGUCCAUUGGAACAUCCUUGGGAAGCUAAGGACCAUAUCUGAGAAACAAUUAGAGCUCCUAAAAGGCCCAUUGGACCCAACAUGCAAGAUCAAUGCAAGGCCCAUUCAGCCCAUCAAUGAUCGCAAAAUUCAGAUGUACUUCAAGCCCAACCAUAUUUCAUGAAAAAAUGUCAUUGUUAAUUAGCUCUAAUAAUGUAUAAUUAGCUAUCCAGAAAUAUAAACAUUUAAGUUUCUCUAUUCCCUCAAAUUUCUUAUAUGCAUAACCUUUGAGGUUAUUUGUAAUUUAGUUUUUUUUUUUUAAUUUCAAUGUUCUAGUUUGCCUAGGUGCCUAAUUCAAUAAAUUCUAGUUUAGCC